GUUCUCUUUUGCAUGCUACGAUUUUCGGAUUUUAUAACCAAAAAAUUCAUGGUGCAAUAACUUUUUUAAAAAUAAUUUUGUUUAUUAAUUUUUACUUACAAAGUCAAAUAUAAUACUUAUAACCGACAGUUUUAUGUAGUUAACAUAGUACUGGUGUUUAAGUGCUAUUUUAACUUUAAAUUCAGUCGCUCGUUAAACUAUGAUAUUGUGGUCAUGGGGUGCCAACUCUCACGGACAGCUUGGCUUGAAUGUAGCUAACGAACAAGUAGAGAAACCAACUAGCGUAAACAUAGAGUUGUACAAUAACAAAAUUCGGCAAAUUGCAUGCGGCGGAGGUCACACUCUACUGGUCGACUCCGAGGGAAAACUAUUCUCGUGUGGCUGGAACAAUAGCCUUCAACUAGCCACAGAACAAGAAGUGCAUUGUUUUGAAAGAACAUGGAGAUUAAGCGGUAUAAACUUCACCCACAUUGCUUGUGGGUGGGACAGUAGCUGCGGUAUCACAGACGACCAGUUCCUUUUUGUAUGGGGUUCCAACAGCUAUGGUCAACUUGGUUUACCUCAAAAUGAUUUUCCAAAAAAUGUUAAACCAAUACGACUUCAGGUAAAAGCAUGUGCAGUAUCCAUGGGAUUGAGGCAUACAGCAAUAAUUAAUUUUAAGGAUGAAGUGUGGGUAACAGGUUGUGGGAGACAUGGACAGCUUGGACUAGGCAAAGAACAGUUAUCUGCAGACAGAUUUAGCAAGGUUCCUAAGCUAGGCAAAAUAUCCCAUAUUGCAUGCGGUCAAAGGCAUACAGUUGCAUGGAGCUCGGAAGAAAAUGCUUUAUAUGUGUGGGGUGACAAUAGACAUGGUCAGUUAUUGUUGGAUACCCAGAAAUAUCCUAAAGCAUAUACCCCACAAAAAAUAGAUAUUGACAUAAAACAAAAGGUUAAGAAAUUGUUAACGGGAUGGUCCAACAUUUUGCUUUGGUUAGAGGAUGGGACACUCAUUGCUUGGGGGUGUAACAUAUAUGCUCAGCUGGGAACACAACAAACAUCAUUUUCAGGGUCAAGAACACACAUCAAGCUGCCAGAUGGAAGACAAGUAAAAGAUAUUGCAUUAGGAUCAGAACACACAAUUUGUCUAGCCACAGAUAACACACUUUGGGCAUGGGGAUGGAAUGAGCAUCUCAAUACAGGGAUAAAGUCUGCAGACGAAGAGAAAUACAUUGGAAAACCAACCUUAGUGCCAUUAGAGAUAAACUCAAAUUCAAUAAUCACCCAGAUUUAUUGUGGAGGGGCACAAAACUUUAUUGUAACUGAGGAAAAAGGUGAUAGUGAUCCAGUUUUGUAGACAUAUUAUAUAACCUUUAUUGUAUAAAACUCCAUUGUGAUAUUUAUCUAUUGUGAACUAAGUCAUUAUAAAUGAUAAAACACAUGAAAUACA